GGGCUGGUUCUGCGCAGCUGGGAGGGCGGAGCCGAGCGAGCCCCGGGCUGGAGGGGUGACCAUGGGCGGCUGAGGGGAGCCGCGUCCAGAGGCGGCCCGUGCGGGCGGCCAUGGCCGAGGACUACUGGGACUCACCCUAGCAGAAGCCGCUGCCAAGUGACUCUAGCAAUUUCCCCACCAUGGAUCGGAUGAAGAAGAUCAAGAGGCAGCUGUCCAUGACGCUGCGGGGGAGUCGGACGGUAGAGAAAAACCUCAAUGAACCCAUCAACAUAGAGGAGAACAACAGCAGCGAUAAUGGCCCCACAGUGAAGAGCGUGCGCCCCGGCACCUCCCGCAGCGUUCAUGCCUUCCUGCACCACUAUGCAGGCACCUUCCGCAGGCCCCGCCUGGCCGUCAGCCGCAGUCUGAGUGCUCACCUCAACCGCGCCGCCCGACUAGAAAUCGUCCAUGAAGACCUCAAGAUGGGCUCAGAUGGUGAGAGUGACCAGGCGUCAGGGACAUCAUCAGAUGAGGUGCAAUCUCCAGUCCGGGUGCGCAUGAGGAACAAUCCCACGCGGAAGAUCUCCACUGAGGACAUUAACAAGCGCCUGUCGCUCCCCGCUGACAUCCGCCUGCCCGAAGGCUACUUGGAGAAGCUAACCCUCAACAGCCCCCUCUUUGACAAGCCCCUGAGCCGGCGGUUACGGAGAGUCUCGUUGUCGGAGAUUGGUUUCGGGAAGCUGGAAACAUACGUCAAGUUGGAUAAGCUGGGAGAGGGGACAUACGCUACAGUCUACAAGGGGAAGAGUAAACUCACGGACAACCUGGUGGCCCUGAAGGAGAUCCGUCUUGAGCAUGAAGAAGGCGCCCCUUGCACAGCCAUCCGAGAAGUUUCGCUUCUAAAAGAUCUGAAACAUGCCAACAUAGUGACUUUGCAUGAUAUCAUCCAUACAGAGAAAUCCCUCACGCUUGUCUUCGAGUAUUUAGAUAAAGACCUGAAACAGUACUUAGAUGAUUGUGGCAAUGUCAUAAAUAUGCACAAUGUGAAGCUGUUCCUCUUCCAGCUGCUGCGCGGCCUAGCCUACUGCCACCGUCAGAAGGUGCUGCACCGAGACCUCAAGCCCCAGAACUUGCUUAUCAAUGAGAGAGGGGAGCUUAAACUAGCAGACUUUGGUCUGGCCCGGGCAAAAUCCAUUCCCACCAAGACUUACUCCAAUGAGGUGGUGACGCUUUGGUACCGACCCCCGGACAUCCUGUUGGGAUCGACGGAAUAUUCCACGCAGAUUGACAUGUGGGGCGUGGGCUGCAUAUUCUACGAGAUGUCCACAGGACGGCCACUUUUUCCAGGCUCCACCGUCGAGGAGCAGCUGCACUUCAUUUUUCGGAUAUUGGGGACACCCAACGAAGAGACGUGGCCUGGAAUCCUGUCCAAUGAGGAAUUCCGAGCCUAUAAUUACCCCAAAUAUCGCCCUGAGGCCCUUAUCAACCACGCUCCAAGGCUGGACAAUGACGGGGCUGACCUCCUAGGAAAGCUGCUGCAGUUUGAGGGCAGGAAGCGGAUCUCUGCAGAUGACGCCAUGCGGCACCUGUUCUUCCAAAGUCUGGGAGAGCGAGUCCUCAAACUCCCGGACACCACAUCAAUAUUUGCACUAAAGGAGAUUCAGUUACAGAAAGAGACGGGACUGAGGUCGGCUUCUCUGCCUGAAUCAGUGAAUGGACAGAACGGACGACCAAGCCUGCUGCUUUGAAACCCUCGGAUCUGGGUUGGCGGGGCCGAAAAUAAACCAGCUCCCCCACCCUGGGCACACCCCUACCACCGGCUUCUUUGUUUCAAACUGUGGAGCGAGGACUCGCGCUGGGAUUUUGCAGGGGUGAGGGUGGGGCACAUAAUGUCCUGGAGCUGAAGAGAAGCACCUCCUUAGCCCUGGCCUCAGACAGCCGGGAACCAAUGCCCUCUGCUGCUGGGAUGGACUCUCUUGCUCUCUCCCUCACACGCACACACACAUGUGCACGGUGUUUCGUUUUAUUUUUUAAGGUUUUAUUUUUUUCCCCAAUGCAAUAUGAUAAAUAUUAUAUUUACAAAUAUCUAUAAAGAGAGACACCCCUGCUCUAGUCUCCCCCAUUGCAGGGAGCAUACAGUAUUAACUGCAAAGGAGCCCGACACGACUUCAUCCUGAUUGGGCGCGGGGAGGAGGAGAGAGAUGCAUGGCGGGGAAGGGGGAGGAGCAUAAGAGCCGUUGUCUGUCUAGCCAUCUUCGCUCUGUAUAUCUGUGAGCACGGUACGAGAAGAGCUGCUUUGGUAAUUAGAAAGAAGGGUGGAUUCUCACUUUACUUGAAAUCUCCUCUGUCGUCUCCCUCUCCUUGAAUAUAGGCUUCCUGUUAGGGAGGUUUCUUGAAAGCCCAGGGCUCAUUUUGAGGGGGAGCACGCAGGAACGCAGUUCUGGUAGUUCUCCAAAGAGGUCACAUGUCAGGUGGCCCCGCCCACCUGACUCAGCCAUUUUGGGCCUGUUUCUGCCCGGAUCGGGCCUAAAACAGCCAGGAUUGGUCCCAAAACGGCCAGGAUUGGGUCUCUUAUGGGUGGUGGGUCACUCUCCCGCUCAGCAGCGGUCCAGUUCUGACCAUUUUGGGCCCCUUUUCAGCCAUUUUCAGCCCCUUUUUGUCAAUUUGGGCCCGAUUUCGGCCCUGAAUAGCCAGGAUUGGGUCUAAAACAGCCAGGAUAGGUGAGGCCAGGGGGUGUGGCACAUGCAAAUCAGUUAUGGCAAUGAGACACUUCCAGUGAUGGCAAGGGGCGUGGCUUAUGCUAAUGAGUUAUGCUAAUGAGGUCCUGCAGCUCUUUUUCUACAAAAUGACCCCUGUGAAAGCCUAACGUUUGGGCCAGGUGAACAGAUAUCCUUGGAGGCCUGUUAGAUUCUUUUGGGAGCAGAAUGCCUUCCUCCUUUCUGUCAUCGUUCCCUGCUUGGUUAUUCAUCUUCCGUGCUGUGUGGGGUCUCCCUGUUUUCCGGCUGGUUUCUGCUUAGAGCUGUAGCCCACUACUCUUGUUUUUUUCUUCGCUCCAUUGUUGAGCCCUUUCAUUUUCUUUUUCUGCUUUGUCUUCUUUAGGUCUGUGCUUAUCUUGGGCUCUCCACCACGCGCACUUCGUCAAUCUUGUCCGUCCUGGUGGAGUUAUUCCUCUUGGAUGGGUCGUGCUUCUUUCCCUGACUUCCUUGCACCUCAGGUUUUGCGCAUGCUCUUUUGGGGGGCCUGAUCCACUGGGGACUUCAGGGCAAGCCCUGUUGUAAUGAAGUGGAGCCGCUGCCUUUACGGCUUGCCCAGAAGAAAUUCCCAGUGGAUUGGAUCCCUUCCCUCCCACUCUUUUGCAAUCUUUUGCAAUCACUUUUGCCCUUGCCCCUUAUUUCGUAAAGCCAGAUUACAGAUUACUUGGGACCUUUCUGACUUCAUAGCAUUUACAAAAUUGUUACUUGAUGACUGCACAGGUACUUACUCCUUUGUUACUCCCGCACUUUUUUCUUCCAUACCCUCUUUGUGGUGUGCAACUGCUCUCGACUCUUUACUUUUCUAUUACUGUUCAUCCAACCCAGUGGUCUCGAACGGGCUCUUAAGAGUUUGUGUUUAGGUCGUUAAUGGGAAACCACCCACAUAAUGAUAGGGUUUAUGCAGUCGCUUUGGUAUGCUUCCCUAUUUCUAUAAUGGCAACCAAAAAUCCAGCGACCCUAUAUGUGACUCAUCCAUCUUCAUUGCUCAGUAGCCUGGAAGUCUCAGCAGUUGGAGAAAUAGAAUCCUUCCUAAUUAGGGGGGAAAUCAUCUCCUGUCUAAGUUUUAAAAAGUCAGAAUAGCUUAAAAGUAUGCAGUCAAUGGAUUCAAUACGCAAUUGCAUGUUCUUUCUGAGUACGGACUACCAGCAUAUCUACCUGACAAGGCUCCGGAUGGUAAACUGCGGUUGACUCAAACGCUCAGCUGGUUUUAUCUUCUGACGCGAAUGCAUGGCCUCCUGUUUCAGCUGAAGAAGUUAGAGCCUUAAUAAUGCAAAUGAAGCCAGGUAAAGCUCCUGGCCGUGAUGUGGUGUGUCUCCCCCCCCCCCCCGCCCCCGAAUUAUUUAAAACAAACCCAGCUUGGUGGGCAGAAGUUUUGGCACCGUUUUUUACGUGGGUUUAAUGAUACAGGCUUAAUGCCUAGGAUUUGGUGUCACGCUAUCAUUGUGCCAAUACACAACAAAGGAGACCCAUCAGAUCCUUGUAAUUACCGCCCUCUCAGCCUGUGAUCAGUUGUGGGUAAAUUAUAUGCGUCUCUGCUGAACGGCAGGUUGGUUAGAAAGCAAGACUCUUAACUUAGUUUCUCCUCAGUCCAUCUGUAAACUACCGAGUCCCUGAGUCCCACCUCUGCCCUCUAUCAAAGGUAAGCCAACCGGUAGUCUGAAGGCAGGGCUUUUUUUCUGGGGAAAAAGAUGAUGGAACUCAGGACUGCACAAUGAUGUCACUUUGGGUCAGCUGGAACAAGGGGGGAGUUUUUCAAAGUUUAAAUUGCUCGCGGUGAAAAUGGUCACAUGGCCGGUGUCCCCGCCCCCUGAUCUCCAGACAGAGGGGAGUUUAGAUUGCCCUCGGAGGGCAAUCUAAACUCCCCUCUGUCUGGAGAUCAGGGGGCGGGGCCACCACCCAUGUGACCAUUUUCAAGAGGUGCCAGAACUCCGUUCCACCGUGUUCCCGCUGAAAAAAAGCCCUGUCUGAAGGUAACCAUCGUCCAUUUUGCUCUUUGUCCGAGGACACCCUUAACCUUACCAAAAAGCCAAGAGUUUUGAGGAUGGGGUUCCUCAGCCCUUUGCUCUACCCCUGUUCUGUCAAACAGCUACUCAGGGGUUAAUUGACCUCUUACUCCUUUACUCAGUGAGCCUUGACUUUAUAACUGAACAGACACCCUCUUACCCUCUGCUGCUUUACCAAGCAUUGACGCCCAAGGUUAUUUGACCACUUCGGUUUUUACACAGAAAGAUUUCGUUCUCCAUGGCUUCUAUUUGACUCUUUAUCUGAUAUGUGCUGUCCGUUCCUCAAUCUAUUCUUAUACAGAAACUUUCUAGCCUUUAUUUAUUUAGGCUUGGAAAUCCCUGAAGAAUCUUGCCUGUCUAUGAGAUCCUUGAGGAUUUGGGGUCCCCGUCCUUCUGUGUCUCUUACCGAGAGAGUUGAUACCUCAAAGGAAGAGAGAACUAUUUGCUGGCUCCCCUCUUUGCCCAAGAACCACCCAGCUUCCCAAGCAAUCGGGACUGUUUCCAGAACUCGAAGUCCUGGGUGCAUGGAAUUCUCGAAGUCAGUUUGUUCCUCCCUUUUGCUCUUUGUGGCGUCUUGACAAGGUGGCACCCAACUUUCUUCCCUUCGAUCAUGGCCUGUAUUUUAUGUAGUUUGUGUGUAUAUAUGUAAAUAUGUAAUCAUUUUUAUAUGUAGCAUGAAACACUUUUAAGGUUCGAAAAGAAACCACACCUACCCUGUCCCAGGAAGAGCCAUUUUAUUGUGACUGUCACCCUUGGGCAACUUAAAGGAUUGUUGAAGGUGUCUCCUCUUCGGGGUACGUGUGCCGAAAUGUAGACCCAGGAAAGUCCCACCAACGGAUGCAGUGGUCCACUGCCUGCCGGUAACCGUCAUGGAUGUUCUGAGUGUAAUCUUAUAUUCAGGGGAUAAGAAAGGUUUGUGUUUACAAAGGGGGCCCUAAUAAGCAAGGAAGAAAGAGCGCCUUCCCUUCAGCUCUGGCAAACAGCAAUGGUAGCCCAAUAACCUGCCUGCUUGACCCAUCCCUCUGUUCCUGCCUGUUGUUCUCCAGAUGCUGGCCUGCCACUUCCUCUCUCUUCAUCUUUCAUCUUAGGACCUGAAGAGGCUUUUGUGAAGGGGAUUGUUUUCUUGACCCCACCCAGCCAUAGUUGUCUAUCCUAAUUGGUGGUGCAGUGCCCUCAAGUCAUAGCUGACUUGUGGCGACCCCUGGUGGGGUUUUCAUGGCAAGAGACUAACAGAGGUGGUUUGCCAUUGCCUGCCUCUGCAGCCCUGGCCUUCGUUGGAGGUCUCCCAAUUACGAACCAAGGCUGACCCUGCUUCGCUUCUGAGAUCUGACAAGAUCGGGCUCACCUGGGCGAUCCAGGUCAGGGCGUAUGCCCUGUUUAGACCUGUUUUUUUUUAAAAGAGCUCUGAGCUUAUCAGGAUGAAAGUUCUACUUGCCUUUUUCUUAAAGAAAAACCAGUUCUCUGAAAUCCAGAAGGGUCAGCCCUUCCAGUGGGAGCUUGCCAUUUGGCGUGGCCGCCUGUGUCCUGUCAUUCCUUGCCCGGGACCCACGCAAAGCUUAGCCAUGACUUAUUUCCUUAGCCCUUGUUAAGAUCACCUGAUAUACAAGGAAUCCCUGGCUUUGGCUUCCCCGGCUGAGCCCUGGCUCCACAGGGCUUGUGGAGGGAGACAGCAGAAAGAGCAGAGAUGAGAAAAACUGCCUUAAUUAUGGUUUGCGCAGUGCAACUGCAAUGCUUCACCAUGGUUGAUAUAAACUAUGGUCUUGGCUCCGACAAAGUGUUUCUAUGGAUAGGACGUUUUCUGCCUCCGCACAACUUUAUUGCUUCCCCCUGCCCCCCAUUGCUGCAGCCCAAAAUGCUGCUCUUAGGGCAUCUGCAGAAAUACUCCAUUGGAUCCAAGGCGUGGUUAGUAAACCAUUUCAGCCUAUGAUUUCACAUCCUAGUUUGCAGCCAUUUCUUAACCAUGGUUCUAGGUAUGCAGGCAUUUACUCGUGGUUAAGAACAUCAAGCCUUGGUUUAAAUUUAUGUCUUCUCAGGGCCUGUAGAAGUUCCUGUUACAUUGUAGUCUGAGUGGAGUAGAGGGAAACAUCAACCAAGAGACACAAUGCUGCUUAGGAGAGGAUUUGUAUGUUUGUGUGUGUGCGUGUCUGUGUGUCCAGAAUCUAAUCUUCUGUUACUGGAAGAGAAGAAAUGGAAUACAGAGACAUCAAAUGAUACGACUAACCUGUUAACGUAAACUGGAUGUCUCCUAUAUUCAUGGUCGUGACUUCCUCCCCGGGCAAUGUGGGAAGUGUAGUUUGCGGAAAGUGCUGAGAAUUCAGUCAACUGAACAGAAAACUCAAUUCUCAGAAAACAAGGUGAAGGCAAAAUCCAUGAUACUUAAACUUGGUGGCUUACAGUGUAUGGUGGUUUACAGUAUAUGUAUUCUUAGUCGGUAUCUGAGAACAGAGAUCAUCCAGUUUAUAUCUUUUGAGAGGGAAACCUAAAGUGGCCUGUUGAAGAGUGAAUGUGCAGAGGAUCUGGACAAAUUGCUUUGGAGGGGUGUGCUAGUUGGAAGAACCAGAACCGGUUUUCUGGACUGGAGCAGAUAAGCUAACCUUUUCUUGCAGCAGACGAGAAGCCUCCGGUGUGGAUAGUCAUUAGCAUAUGGAACGUCCUGUCCCCAUGUGCUUCCCUCUACCUUUGAUGGGGCGGCUCUGAAGUUUAGUUCUCUUACGGAAAAAAGGAAACUCCAACCUUGUAUAUAACUUCAGUUGAGGAAGGAGCUUUUUCUGCUUUAACCGAAAAGAAAGCGAUUAUUUCAGAAGACGAUUCAACGAGGGGAAAGACAUGCCGAAUUCUCUCUCCCAGCUGAUCCUCCACCCCCACCCCCCAUUCAGGGUUUUAACAAAUGCGCCAUAUCCAAAUGUACAAAACUGAUUAAAAGUCUCCAAGAA